AUGUCGCAAUCAACAGAUCUUCGAACGCAUCUCAACUCCCUUGUCCCAUCGUCUUAUCCCCAACUUCGCGACUCCAUCUUACCUCAACUCCUCGCUUCAAUCCACACCAUAGCAGGCCACCUUCGUACUUCCCCCUCGGUAACUCAAGUCGGUACCGCAAACGCCUUCGGUGACGACCAACUCAAUGUGGACGUCCUAGCUGAAGAAGCAAUCCGCAAGACCAUCUCCUCCUGUCCCUCCAUAGUCACAGCAUCUAGCGAGGAAGAUCCCGUUGAAAAAUCCUCAGAGUCCGUUAGCAGAAGCGAAAAUCAAGGAAAAGAAGUCUACACACUAGGUUUCGACCCCUUGGACGGCUCCUCAAUCAUCGCGCCAAACUGGAGUGUAGGCACCAUCGUUGGAGUCUGGGAAGGUGCCUCAGCUCUUCACCAAUCCCCUAAUGAUAAACAAAUCGCUUCUAUACUGGGUGUGCUGGGCCCACGUACAACCGCUGUUGUCGCCAUUCGUCUACCAGGUACUGAGGGAUCGUGUUUUGAAGUCGGAUACGCAGACGACGGAACUAUGCAAGUCAUUCGCCCAGAAGUCAAAUUAACGCAAGCCUCUGAAGUGAAAACCCGGUACUUUGCUCCUGCAAAUAUGCGCGCAGCGGCCGAGGACCAACGAUACCUCAAUCUCAUCAACCGUUAUAUUACCCAAAAAUACACUUUGCGGUAUAGUGGUGGGCUUGUUCCGGAUGUUGUGCAUGCGUUGGUUAAAGGCCAUGGUGUUUAUGUAUCUCCGGUGACAGCACAGAGUAAAGCUAAGCUGAGGCGACUUUACGAGUUGGCGCCCAUUGCGCUAAUCAUGGAGUGUGCGGGCGGUGCGGCUUUGGAUUCUGCAACGGGGAAGAGGGUGUUGGAGACGCCAAUUGACGAUACGGAUGAGAGGGGUGGUUUGAUUUGUGGGAACAAAGACGAGGUUGAGGCUGUAAGGAAGGCGUUGUUGGAGUAG